AUGGCGACGGCAAGAAACGGAAGGGAGCUUUUUACCAUUUUGGAAACCAGCGCGGAUACAGAAAGUAGUGCGGCGUGCGACGGCCAAGACAAUGGACUCAAGCACGAAGAGGAGGACAACUCGGAGGAGUGCCACCAUUCCACCUCCACUAACUGCUCCGACGCCACCUCGAACGACUCUGACCUCGAUUUCUCCGAUUUGGAGGAGGAGGAGGAGGAGCGAGCGAGCUUUCUCGGCUACGAUGAAGACUUGUACGAGGACUGCGCGUCUCCGGACUUCUGGGGCGAACCGGACCAGGUGAUUUCUAUCGAGACUUUCAGUGCUUCCAGCGGCCCUCAGCACUCGCUGGGGGACGACGCCGAGCCCCGUGACUAUUUCCGGAUACUCUUCCCAGAUUCGCUUUUUGAACACAUGGUGGAACAAACAAACAACAACGCCCUCUACCGGCAGAGGAGGAGUGGCAAGACGGACCCGCACUGGCACCCGACCCACGACAGCGAGAUGAGAGCCUACGUGGGCCUCAACAUCCUCAUGGGCGUCAAUCAGCUGCCGGACAGCGGCAUGUACUGGGCCAGCGACAUUUUCAUCGGCAACGCGGGCUUUAAGAAGACCAUGACCGCCAGGCGCUUCGAGAAGCUCACCCAGUACCUCCAGCUGUGCGACAGGGAGGCCGAGCCCGUGCGGGGCGAGCGCGGCUACGACGGCCUCUUCAAGAUCAGGCCUCUCCUGGACGUGCUGGACAACACCAUGUGGGACGCGUACACGCCCAACCGCUGCCUGACCAUAGACAAGAGCGCCCUCGUCACCAGAGCGCCGUCUUCGCCCACCCGCUCGGUGCCCGCCAAGCCCCUGAGGAAAGGCUUGAGCGUGUGGAUGCUGUGCGACUCGCGCUCGGGCUACUGCCACCGGGCCAAGAUUCACGUGGGCCGGCCCAGCGAGGACCAAGCGGUGGUGCUGCACGGGUACCGGGUGGUCACCUCGCUGGUGCGUGGCCUGGAGGGUCAGUACCACCACCUCUUCAUGGACAGCUUGUACAACUCGGUGCCGCUCCUUCAGAGAUUGCUCAAGGACGGAUUCUACGCCUGCGGGCCCGCCCAUUCGGGGCGCCGAGGUUUCCCCGAGGUCCUCCGCCCCCGAAAUGUGGGCAAGCUCUCGCAGGGGGAGUUCUACCAGUGCCAGCGUGGCAACCUGGUCGCUACGGUGACACGGGACGUCAAGGUCAUUAGCUGCCUGUCCACCAACUCGGCCCCGGGGAUUGUGGGGAUCAGUCCGGAAGAGGAGCCUAACUGCGAGAUGGACGGCGAGGGGGACGGCGACGUCGCCGAGGGCUCGGCUGCGACGUUCGGCCUGCCGAAGCCGCUCCCCUUGCUCCUGUACCAGGAGAACAUGAGGGGAGUGGAACUGUGCGACCGGCUGAGGGAGUGCUACCAGGUGGGCCGCCCGCACAGGAAGUGGUGGCGCUACUUCCUGUGGUUCUACGUCAACGUGUGCAUCGUCAACGCCUACGUCCUCCUGAAGGAAAGCAGAGGGGGCGCGCCGGCGGCCGGCCUCAACGGCAAGCAGCUCACCCAGCACCACUUCCGGGCGCGCCUGGCCCAGCAGCUGAUCGGAGACUACCAGGGGGCGAGGGGCAUGGAGCGGGCCGCCCGGAAGAGGCACGCCGACUCGCCCAUCGAGUACGGCCACCGGCUGGAGCGCAUGUCCGAACGCUCGCGGCGCUGCAGGAACUGCACCAACAAGGGCCUGCGCCACGAGAGCGUGUUCGGCUGCAAGAUAUGCAACGUCCACCUAUGCAGAGGGGGCUGCUUCUCUGAAUUUCAUAAAUAA